GGCUAGCCGCCCAGCUAGAUAUAACCCAAAACUCACUCCACCACUCGUUCGAACAUGGAGCCCUAGAUGAAAAGUACCCUCCUCCCCCAGCGGCAAAAGAGAUCCCGAGAAGGGCGCUGCCGGUGCGCAUAUAUUGUGUCAUCGCCGUCACCGGCCCAUGCCCCCCGGAACUCGAUCCCCCAGCCAUAGUGUCCAGCGAGUGAGCGAGCUGCGAGGGAAGAGAGAGGAGUGUGCGUCCUUGCUGCGUCCUCCCCUCCGUCCCUAAUCCAUUUCCGUGUGCGUGCUAGCUAGCCCCGCGUGCGGCGUGCCACACAGAUCGAUCGAUCAUAAAGCGAGAGGGGGAGAGCCGGGAAGAUGAUGAACAUACCGGCUGCCGCCAACGCUUGCGACGAGUUCCCCUAUGUCCCAGCUCCCAAUCCGGCCCCUCCUUCUCUGCUCCCAAUCAUGGAGCAGGAGAGCAGCAUCCAGAGGGAGCACCUCGGCUACAACCUGGAGGCCAACUCCCUAGCUCUCCUUCCCCCGUCCAACGCCGGCGCCGCCCACCACACCACCAUCGACAGCCACAGUCCCCAUGACAUCCUCCAAUUCUAUCCUUCCUCGCACUACCUGAACGCCGGCAACCCCUACAGCCACUUUGCCGGGAGCACCUUCCAGCCGUACUACCCGCCGGCGCAGGCCACGCCGGAGUACUACUUCCCCACCCUGGUCAGCUCGGCGGAGGAGAAUAUGGCGAGCUUCGCGGCGACGCAGCUGGGGCUCAACCUCGGCUACCGGACCUACUUCCCGCCAAGAGGGGGGUACACCUACGGGCACCACCCGCCGCGGUGCCAAGCGGAGGGAUGCAAGGCCGAUCUCUCCAGCGCCAAGCGCUACCACCGGCGGCACAAGGUGUGCGAGCACCACUCCAAGGCGCCGGUCGUCGUCACCGCCGGAGGCCUGCACCAGAGGUUCUGCCAGCAGUGCAGCAGAUUCCAUCUGCUGGAUGAGUUCGACGACGCCAAGAAGAGCUGCAGGAAGCGCCUUGCGGACCAUAACCGCCGCCGGAGGAAGUCAAAGCCGUCCGAUGGCGAUGCCGCAGACAAGAAAAGGGCACAAGCGAACAAAGCAGCAGCUGCUAAAGACAAAGCAGGAAGUAGCAGCAAGAACAUGGACAUCGGAGACGGGCUGGGGACACAAAUACUGGGAAGCUCACUCUUGUCCAAAGAACAAGAUCAAGCCAUGGAUCUUGGAGAGGUGGUGAAAGAAGCAGUGGAUCCCAAGGGGAAGGCAUCGAUGCAACAGCAAGCACAUCAUCACGGCAUCCAUCAACAGAACCACCUUGGCUUCCCUUUUCCUUCGUCGUCAGAUGGCUCCUGCUUCCCCCAGAGCCAAGCAAUCUCAAGUGAUAACACAUCAAAUAUAGCUCAAGUGCAAGAGCCAAGCUUGGCGUUCCACCAGCACCACCAACACAGCAACAUCCUUCAGCUCGGGCAGGCGAUGUUUGAUCUUGACUUCGAUCACUAGUCAAUGUUUAAUUCUCUCUCUCUCUCUCUCUCUCUCUCUCUCUCUCUCUCUCUCUCUCUCUCUCUCUCUCUCUCUCUCUCUCUCUCUCUCAUGUGUGUGUGCGCGCGCGCGUACGUCCGAACAUUUCUCUUUAAAUUAUCUGUGGUAACUACCGUGUAAUCUGGACAUAAUAAUGAUAGUUUAUGCUU